AGGCGCAGGCCGGCGCCGGCGCGGCGGCGGGCCUCCUGGAGCGCGCGGGCGGCGAGGAGGGCGCGGUGGAGGGCGAGGCUCCGAAGGCGACGAUAUUCGUGUGCACGAACCUCCAGUGCUGCCAGGAUGGUGCCGCCGACACCAGGACGAAGAUGCUCGAGGAGCUGGCCCCGCCCGGCGUGGCCGUCGAGGAGAUCACCUGCCUCGGGCCCUGCGGGUCCGGCCCCAACGUGUACGCCACGCCGCUCCCCGCCGGGGGCGCCGCGGGCGGGCGGGCCGUGGACUCCCUGAAGCGGGGCAGCCGGGAGUACCCCGGCGGCGUGGUCUUCACCGCCAUGAAGGGCGAGGGGGACGUGGGCCUGCUGGAGCCCUGGGGCUUCGAGGCCGCGGAGAGGACCCCCCUGGACUGGGCCCGGCUGGCCGUCAGGAACUCGCAGCUGGACCAGGUCCCGUGGCCAAUCCUGCUUUACGUGGGCUUCAACGUGGCUCGCCUGGUGACCAACUUGCUCUUCCACUUCGACCUGCUGGAGGUGGUCAAGGAGACGCGGUCGAGGGCCUGCGCGCGCCCCGGUGAGGGCCCCGCGGGGGCUGCCCUCCGCGGCACUUUUUUCCGGCGCGGGCUGCCUCCUCCUCCUCCUCCUCCUCCUCCUCCUCUGCCCACCAUGGGUGAAUGCGCUGCUGGCUGUAUAGAGAGCGGGCUGGCGCGGCACCCCAUUCACCACCCACCAAACCACCCCAACCCAACCCGAAGGUAGUCGCCCAUGACCAUGCGCACGUCAGUUGGCACAGGGCCUUCGUUUCCAGCUCGCUGCGGCGCGCAGCGAGGACCCUGCUCCAGCGGACAGCGCCGGCCCUGUUCCUCUGAUGUCUCCUCCGUUCCCUGGCCUGAUGGCCCACCCCGCCUGGGAACGUCCGGUUGUCGCAAUCGAAGGCCUGACGCCGAUCUGUGGGCGAUCUAUCGCCGUUUCCAGCUCGAUGUUCCCCCC